AUGCGCACUGGUGCCACGUCAACAAAUCGUGUAGAAUUCUGGGAUUGUUCAAACAUGUCAGCGCCCAGUGUGCACACGUCGGGUUGUUUAUGUUUUCCUUGCCGAUGUUUUUCUCUUGAAUUCCCGAAACAAAAUUGCUCUAAAAAUUAUACAGCGACAUUUGUACUUUUUAUCGGUACCCUUCUUAGUCUUUUGGUCUGUGUUACCGCCAAUCUCGAACAUGUUCGUUCUGAGUACCAAUUCACGACGCAGUCCGAGUUCCAAUCAUACUUAAAUUUUACUGAAAAAGAGAUGACACUUGACUUGCCAAUCAUCACAUGGUGGACCAAAGGACCAGUUCCACAUGCAGAAAAAAUAAGUUACAUAAAAUGCCCCAAUAGCCAGUGCUACGUAACUACGCUACGAAAAUUUGUCGAAGACCCUCGUGCAAGAGGGUUCAUUUUUUACGGGACGGAUUUUUCGCCUGGGGAUGUCCCCCUUCCCAGAAAACGACAUCAUGAAUGGGCAUUGUUACACGAAGAAUCCCCCAUGAAUAACUACGUUCUUUCCCAUGGAGCAGCCAUAGGCAUGUUCAACCACACAUCAACAUUCCGCAGAGAGUCCGAUUAUCCACUUUCAAGUCAAUAUAUAUUUUCUUUAGAUUACCUCAUCAGUAGACCAGUGGUUCCAAUAAAACUGAAAAAUCAAAUAAAAAUGCAGAUGAAACUGGCACCAGUCUUAUAUGUACAAUCGCACUGUAAUGUUCCUUCUGACAGAGACACCUAUGUCAAGGAAUUGAUGAGACACAUUGAGAUAGACUCUUAUGGUUCUUGUCUACACAACAAGGAUUUGCCAGAAUCUCUGUCUGAUCCUGUUGAAUCUAUGUUCAAAGAGGAAUUCCUCAACUUCAUGGCCAACUACAAAUUUCAAAUAACCUUCGAGAAUGCCAUAUGCAAAGAUUACAUGACUGAAAAACUUUUCCGUGCCAUGCAUGUUGGUUCUGUACCAAUUUACAAAGGUUCGCCAUCUAUUAAAGACUGGGUACCUACUGAAAAAUCUGUGAUUGUUGCAGAUGAUUUUUCCACUCCAGAGAAACUAGCAGAGUUUAUAAAGCAUUUAGAUAAAAAUGAUGCAGAGUACAUGAAGUACUUAUCUUACAAAACAGUGGAAAAUAUCACUAAUAAGUUCUUAUUGAAGCAUCUGUCACAGCGACAGUGGGAUGAUGCUUCUGACUUUAUCACUGGAUUUGAGUGCCAUGUAUGUGACAACGUAUUUAAGAGGCAGCAAAUUGAAAAAGCCCAUGCCAAAGAUAACACAGUGGAACUUCUGCCUCCUAAAAUAGCCAGAAUGAAUCACUUGGGAUGUCCACAGCCACACCCAUCACUGCCAGAUACAGAAAAAGAGUCUGAAGAAAUGCAAGACUGGAUUUCCCUAUACUGGUCAGACUUUGACCAGGCACUGGGACUGAGAGAGAUGAUUCUUCAAAAUGAAACAGACUCUAAAAAAUUCUCUGGCUAUUGGGAAAAGGCUCUAAAGAAGUCCAGCAGGAGGACAUAAGGCCUGUCAAACAAGAUGUGUCUAUUUAAGUGCCAAAGCCUGUGAGAGGGCCUUAAAAUGUUCAUUCCCACUUGCCAUAGACAUUUCAUAUUUACAAUUUCAAACUUUAUUCAAAUCAGAUGUAUUUCCAAAUUGAUUUCCUUGAGUUAAAAAUGUUUAGGUAAAUGCUAUUUUUGAAUUAGACAAAUGCUUUUAGUACUAUUAUUUUUUAAAAUUUUAGUCAUGUAUUUCUUACUAGGCCAUAUGAUAUUUGCACACCCCUUGAUUUAUCUGUAUAUAUUAAAUAUUUCCCUCUUGACUUAUAAACAUUAUAACGGCAUAUGGUAUAAAUGUGAACAGAAGUUAAAUCAAUCAGUGAAACAUUUAUGGCUCAAAGACAAAUGCUGUCUUUAAAAUUUAAUUAACAGCAACAUUAAAAUUUUGUUACAUGUAGAAGCCAAUAAUUCAGACAUGGGGAAACUGACUGUAUGACAGGUCAUGACCACUUAAGUGUGUGUCCAUGAUGAGACCAGUCAGAGGGUGGCAAGGUGGGGAUCAACAGAUUUCAACCAAAUUCAUA